GCAGCCAACAGCCGCCAAGCGAUGACGUACAUCCGGUUAGAUGUCAAACUUGCGAAGUGCCUGACAGUUGAAGAGGACGGUGGGAUCAUAAACCGAUCGGAACAAGGCAGUCCAGCACCAUGUCUUUUAUUUUUGACUGGCUCUAUAGAGGCUUCAACAGCGUCCUGCAACUGUUAGGAUUGUACAAGAAGUCUGGCAAGUUGGUGUUCCUUGGAUUGGACAACGCUGGCAAAACGACAUUACUGCACAUGCUCAGAGACGACAGGCUGGGCCAGCACGUACCAACGCUGCACCCAACAUCUGAGGAGCUGACCAUCGCUGGAAUGACAUUUACCACAUUUGACUUGGGCGGUCACACACAAGCACGACGCAUCUGGAAGAACUACCUCCCAGCCAUAAACGGUAUCGUUUACAUGGUGGACUGUGCUGAUCAUGAGCGACUAGCAGAGGCUAAAGUAGAGCUGGAUGCGCUUUUGACAGAUGACACCAUCUCAAAUGUGCCGGUUCUCAUCCUGGGAAACAAAAUCGAUCGUCCGGAGGCCGUCAGCGAGGAUGCGCUUCGUGGGAUAUUCGGUCUGCACGGACACACAACUGGCAAGGGCAAAGUGUCACUGAAGGAGCUGAAUUUGAGGCCAAUGGAGAUUUUUAUGUGCAGCGUGCUGAAGAGACAAGGAUACGGAGAAGGAUUCCGCUGGCUGUCCCAAUAUAUAGACUGAUUCGAAGCAAAUUGAUCCAAAUUUCAAUGCUGAUUUAUAAAACAACACGACCUGCAAUUGGAGAGAGAUUUUAUUUAUAUACCUGUAUGAUUUGGACCGUGCUAACUGGGAAUACAUUUCAGGAUGUGGACAAUAUAUUCUUUCAUCAUGCAACAGCAAGUCAAUGGUAACCUAUUGAGUGAAGCCAAGGAUCCUCAUGCUGUGUCCCCCCCCCACUUUUGGGUGCCAUAGAGAAAGUGUCAUCAACAAGCGAGUCAGCUUCUGACCCGCUGCUUAUUUUUAGCGGCUGGUGUUGACUUACAGCAAAGGUCGGUUUGUUUAAAGUUUUGCAGACCGUGUGAAGACACACACUGGUGCCAUUGAAACACGUUGAACGGUGUAUCCAAUUACUCACUUGUAAUGUAUGCAAGGUUUUGGGGGGUUAUUUUGAAAACUGGUUUUACCACGAAUAGUGUAAAGUGCUUUAAUUUACUCUCAUUUUUUGCUGUGAGAUUCACGACAGCACAGUGUUAUAUAGUUGAAGUUUACAAUGAAGUUGGUAUAUAUGAUGUGGAUAAUUCCUACAAGACUGGAGUACUUUGUGAUUAUUAGCUGCUCACCACAUGCAGUGAUAUUAUGAGAGUACUUCCAUGGUGGUGCUUACAAUUAGGCUAUAAAAUAUAUAUAUUUGUGAAAGUAAUGGUUGAUGUGUUUUUAAAUAUUAUUUGUACAUAAGUAUUUAUAUAUUCACAUUAUGCUCUGAAGCUGUUACAAAAGAUGGGUAAAAUUGUUAUUGAUGCUGGGUCAGAAUAAACACUUUCUACAAA